UGUGUGUGUGUGUGUUAGGAUGGUCUCAGUAUGCUGCACUGUGCUGCCCAGCGAGGCCACAUCAAAGUAUUGGAGUUCAUCAUGGAGGACCUUGAGGACAUCCGGCUGGACCGAGUUGACAAGUCAGGGAAGACUGCGCUUCACCUGGCAGCUGAACAUGGCCAAUUUGAGGUGGUGGAGUUUCUGAUUGGAAUGGGCCGCACACAUGGUCUGAAGGACAAGGAAGAGAACACUGCCAUGCACCUCGCAGCACGGAGCGGGCACACACACAUCCUGCAGAAGAUGGUGGAGAUGGGGGUGGACGUGGACGAGAGGAACAAAGAAGGCCUCACAGCGCUGCACCUGGCCUCUGACGGAGCUCACUGUGAGUGUGUCCGGCUGCUGCUGGAGGCCGGCUGCGAGGCCAAUGCUCUGACUAAUUCUAAAACUAUCUUCCUUUUCCUGCCUGCAGAAGAACAUGACUGCCCUUCAUUACGCGGCUCAGCAUGGCUCUGACAGAGAAGCCAGUCUGCUGCUGGAGGCAGGGACCCACAGAGACGCUGUGGACAGUCAACACAACACAGCUCUGCACCUCGCUGUGUUCCACCACCAUGCAGAGGUUCUGCGGCUGCUCAUAGGCGCUGACUGUGACCUGG